AAAAACUGCAUCAAGACUUGUGGACUGUUCAUUUGAACUUUUUGGAACCAGACGUAGUAAUGUUUGGUACCUUGAAAUUAUAAACCCUGAACAUAAAAACUAUGAAGCAUCAACAAACAUGUCUAGGCAUCUGACAGUUAGAAGGUUAAAUGUUGAGCAAAAGGUGAUA